AUGUUAGGCUGUACAGUACCAAGCUACAUUCAGAAGGGACCGGUUUUCCGGGAAAGUGCAUUAAUUGAAUUAUCACUGCCGGUGUUUUUGCAGGUGAAUAAAAAUGACUACAAGUUAACAUUCGAGGACAGCGGCCAGUGGACCAGCGGUAAUCUGACAACAUGGGGACGCAUCCGAAGCACCGAACCAUUGGAUGAGAAAACGAACAGUGCGCCUGAAUUGGGUGGCAAUCCGAAAUCGGCAGCAAACGAGCAGCAGCGACCGUCGAGCCUGUUGGCGACAUUCGUGGAGCGACAGCCCGAUUAUGAAUAUUCAGAGCUUUACAUGGGGAACGGACGUUAUGUUGAUGUGAACGAUAACGAGAUUGGUUUUGCUCCACAGACCACCGUGACUGUACAGCGGGCUGACCGAUGGCGUGCUGCGAACCGUCUGCCUCCGAAUCCACCAAUGAAACCGCGCCGAACAUUUGCCGAUUUCCAGACAACGCGUGCCCCGGAGCUCGAUUUCAUGGCCAUGAAUCAUAAUAUGCCAAGUCUGUGCCAGUCAUCCGUGUCGAUGAGUGAAGUGCUAGAGAAAUUAAAAGAGGGAGUGCUGGAAGAUGAAAAAUUCGAUUUCUCGUUGCUCAGUGUGUUGGAAAAACGGGGCCCUGAUUCGGGCUUGGGCAGCAGCGCUACAGCAAGCAGUGGCCCAUCUCAUAUUGAAGACUGGCCAUCAUUAGCUAUACUUUUGCCCAAACAUGUUGCCGAGGCAUGUUCGUUUUUCAAGGCCAAUAGCCGGCUGUUGACAGGAUCGAACAAUAUUGAACGAAUAACACCACGCAGGAAUGAACCUUGUAGGACAUGCUUCAAUGUUAGGAGGCGACUUCAUCCGCCCAUUUGGGCACAGCCAGCUAGCGCACGACAUGUUCUCUGUGACUGUACGAGCAGUGAGGUUUGUAUAAGUAUUAAAUAUCGGCUGAAGUUGUUGCCACGUUGUUUGUUAGUUAUGCGAAAGUCAGCAUCACUGAGCGACCCCGAAUUGCAGAUUGUUGAUCGACAAACCUCUGCUCAGGAUCAGCUAGCAGCGCUAGGCCGUCUUAAGCUGCGAGCCCAGGAACUGAGCAUUGUUGGUCUACCCAUUUAUGAUGCCAAAAGGAAACUUGUUGAAAAGGUGGUGGAAGGAGUGGCAGAAGUGGCACGUGGAGAAUCAUCGGCUAAUUUAUGUACCGCUCUGGGGGCACUACUCGCCGAUGGACUCAAAAGCAAGCAUGCUUGGGAUAUGAUUGUUACUGUUACGGCGCCGGGCCCGGCAACGGAUAACGUGUAUUCUGUGGUAAAAGAGUUGGACAAAAGCGAGAAGUCUCCAAAUUCUCGUGUCACAGCUUUCUUCACUACAUUGUUGAAGUAUGUUGAAUUUCAAUUUCAGCCUCUGAAUUAG